CAUCAUCAUCAUCCCUAAUUAAAAAUAUACAAAAAGUCGUCACCGAUCAGUUUGACCAAUCUCCCAUAAAGUCCUCAAGAACCAUCGCAAGUCCAACAAACAAAUGGUCUUACCUUAUUGUUAGUCUAUUCGUCAAAAUCUCAAUGUCCAUCUCUCUUCUCCUCAUCAUCUCCGUGGUGCUCUACAUCACUGACCUCCCGUCGUGCUUCUCCGCCGAUCAACUGUACGAGAGGUGCCAACUACCCCUGAGAUGCGGAUCUGAACCGUCUCUGUUCCCAAACAUCACUUAUCCAUUUUGGGGAAAUAACAUCGGUAAACCAAACUUCUGUGGCCAAACAGGCUUCGAGCUUUCAUGCAAGAAGAAUCAAACCCUAACCCUAGAGAUCGAGCAUAUCACUUUUCGAGUUAUUUCUGUGAAUCUUGAUAAUAAGACAAUUACCGUAGCUGAUGAUAGUUUGUUCGAGGAUGGUUGCCCGCAUAUUUUCAACUUCACCGGGGCUAAGCAGUUCACGUUAAACCAUAACACCGAGUUGGUCGAUCUAUUCAAUUGCGCCGAUAAUAACUCGGCAAAAUCCUUGUCAAAGGUUUCUUGCCAGCUAAACAAAGAUAACCCGAUAACAUAUCAUGUCUUUGGAUCGGCUCAUCCUCCUGGAAAUUGUACCAAGGUUGGGGAAAUACCGAUGCUCGAGUCUGCUAAGAACGAGCUUCGCCAGGCAAAUGGCUCGGAUCAAGCGUUGAAGAUGGCUUUGAAAAAAGGGUUCGAGUUGAGGUACGAUAAAGAAGACAAGACUUGCCCGGUUUGUACCUAUACGCGUGGGAUAUGUGGUUCGGAGUCAGUGUCGGGAAGUUUCCGGUGUCUGUGUACAGACAAGCCUCACGAGUCCUCCUGCAACGACGGAAGAGGUCCAAAUUAUGAGGUGAAGAUCGGCAUAGGUGCUGCCGCUUCGGUCUUUGGAAUAUCAGCAGCGAGCCUCGCUUGGUUUGUGUACCAUCGCAGAAUAACCAAAAUUUACAGAACAUCUUCAGCUUUGCUUCCAAGAAACCCCUCAGAUCAAUUUUCAAAGCCUUCUUCGGACGUCGAGAAAGCAGAGGAGCUGUUAGCCGGUGUUCGUCUCUUCUCUUACGAAGAGCUAGAAGAAGCCACGAACAGCUUCGAUCCAUCUAAAGAACUCGGUGACGGAGGCUUUGGUACUGUCUACUACGGUAAGCUUAAAGAUGGACGAAGCGUGGCUGUGAAACGCUUGUACGAAAACAACUUUAAAAGAGCAAUGCAGUUCAGGAACGAAGUUGAUAUAUUAACAGGUUUGCGGCAUCCUAACCUCGUGACUCUAUUUGGAUGCUCCUCGAAACAGAGCCGUGAUCUGCUGCUCGUGUAUGAGUAUGUUGCAAACGGUACGUUAGCUGAUCAUCUGCAUGGUCCACAUGCUAACCCUAGUUCACUUCCUUGGUCUAUACGUCUGAAGAUCGCUGUUGAAACCGCCUCUGCCUUGAAAUAUCUCCACGCCUCUGAGAUCAUCCACCGUGAUGUUAAGUCCACUAACAUCCUUCUCGACCAAAACUUCAAUGUCAAGGUUGCGGAUUUUGGACUCUCAAGACUGUUUCCUACUGGUCAAACGCAUGUAUCAACGGGUCCACAGGGAACUCCAGGCUACGUUGAUCCAGAAUACCACCUUAGCUACCAACUCUCGAACAAAAGCGACGUGUACAGCUUCGCCGUAGUGCUUAUGGAGCUUAUCUCCUCGCUUCCAGCUGUAGACAUGACAAGACCGCGCCAAGAGAUCAACCUCUCGAACAUGGCAGUUCUUAAAAUACAGAACCGUAAGCUCCAAGAAAUGGUUGAUCCUUCACUUGGGUUCGACACGAAUACAGAAGUGAGACAGACCGUGAUCGCAGUCGCUGAGCUGGCGUUCCAGUGCUUGCAGUCGGAUAAAGAUCUUAGGCCGUGUAUGACGCACGUGAUGGAGACGCUGACGAGGAUACAGAACAAUGGGUUUGGUUCGGGAAUGGAUGUUGCGGAUGUGAGUAAGAGUGGACCGUUGGCUGCACAGCCUCUGGAUGUUGCAAAUGUGAGUAAGAGUGGACCGUUGGUUGCACAGUCUGUGGAUGUUGCAUAUGUGAACAAGAGUGGACCGUUGGUGGCACAGUCUCCUGAUAGUGUAAUUGUGAAAUGGAAUAGUAAGUCAACUUAGUCACACGGAACACUAACAUUUGUAUGUGUUUAUCAGAAUAUUAAUGUUUUAAGAUUGUUAACGACCAGUUAGAGAUUGGUGUUUGUGUUCCGUAAUGGAAGAUAUUUUUUGGGAAUGUAUAUAUGAUCCGAGUUUCGUCACAAUGAUACUUGAUAGUUCCAUGCUCUUUGUUUAAGACCAUUACCCAAUCUCAUCAUGUUGGUUACUGAAAAUGAAAAUUAGGUACGUUCAAGAGCCUUUAUAACACAUGGCAUCUUUGAUUACCAAAAUGUAGUUUAAACAUUUUUUUAUAACAUGAUUCAUUUGUUAACAUAGAUUUCUCAUGGUUAAUAUUUGUGGUUCAGUUUCUGCCUGAAUUUGAAAACAGAAACCAAAUGUUCAUAUAAGUUUUCACAAGAGAUGAAUACAUAUCAAAGUUGGGUUUUGUCUGUGUUGUGAAAAGUGAAUGGAGGGUUUAUAUACCUGAGGAGCAAACAGAUGAACUGGCUGGAAUACUACAAAUCUGAGGCAAUCGUAGGGCUAAGGUUUGAUUGAUGGGAAAACCAGAUGAUAAAGUAUGAAUUUCUGUUGAGGAGGAGACAGAGACAGGUCGGUUGUUGGUUAUAAAUGUGGUUCAGGCUAUUGCAGCAUGGCUGAGCCGGGAGCUGGACAAAGCCCAGCAGGAAUGAACCACUUGGAGCCAGAGCUAGAAGAGAAGCACAAGAAGCAAGAGGACUCGGACCUUGGGCGAGAGCUGACUAGCUGAAUGGAGCAAGAGUGGAACCAAGAAGAUUAAGACAGCGAUAAAGAGACUUUAAGAUGCCAUUUCUUUGUAUAUUGUAUUGUCAAUUACUUAGAAAAUAAGUUUCAAAGUGUAACCUUUUUUUUAUUUCAGUAAAUUUUGAUUCGCUUCGCUACUGAUGGAGUUGGUUGCGAGGCUGGAGAAUCUCGUGAGUGCGUACGUUGAGCUCUGUCUCCCAUUUCAAAGCGUAAACUUUUUUAUUUCAGUAUAUUUUGAUUGAAUCUUUAAUCAACUGAGUCGUUGUAGUAUAGUGGUAACUAUUCCCGCCUGUCACGCGGAUGACCGGGGUUUCAGUUUUUCCGUCUAAAUUUUGUAUACGAAGAUUUAGUCAAUUAUUUUGGCAAUAUUUUAAUAAACAAAAAUGGGAACAUGCAUUCUGGUAAACUGUAUAAAGCUUUAGUUUUUUCUCAUAAAUUAUUGUUUGAUGCAUCUCUAAUAUGUUUUUUUUAUGUCUGAAGGAGUUGUUUGAUGAUUGAUCCUAAGGAGCAGCCCAUGCUGCUAGCUGAGCCUCCUUUAAACACUUAACAGAAUAGAGAGAAGUCUGAUUUAUCUGCUUAUAGAUAGUUACUUUUGUCUUAUAUAUUGAUUCAUCUGAGUGUGUUACUGAUGUUCUCAAAUUGUAUGCUUGACAGCGGCAGAGCUAAUGUUUGAAAAAUACAAAGUUCCAGCAUUGUUCAUGGCUAAGAAUCCUGUUCUCACGUCUUUUGCUACUGGGCAUGCUACCUCGUUGGUCGUUGACUGGUCAUGGAGAGCAUCAACAAAUGUGAUGUGAAUAUCCGGAGAGAGUUAUAUAGUAGCAUAACAAUCAAUUUCAACUCUUAAAUCUUUAGUUUAAAUUGGUAAAACUAUGUAUCAACAAUUCCUUUAGUUUUUCUUGGAUGUGGAUGAUGUUCAAACUUUUUUUGGCUUUAUGCCAGCUUGCCGGUGGCACAUCAUCAAUGCAACAGUUGAAAGAACGUCUCGAGAAGGACUUGAUAAAAGGUAUUGUGCCAUUUGUCUCUUUAUUCUCUCAUUUGUAAACUUUCCUAGGUUGUUGUUAAGAUGACAAAAAUCUGUUCAUCAUCGUGUUAAAUGUGUUGAUUGUUAGGGAUAAAUGUCCCACAUCGGAUAUUAGAAGGGAAUCUUAGCAAUAUAUAAGAUGGAUGGGCCAUUCCACUUAGCACCAAUUGGUUUUAGGUUGGAAGCCCAUCUAGCUUAACAUUGAUUUC